GGAAGCAGUUGUCAGGUCUCCUGUUGCAGGAUGAAGAUGAAGCUGAGCAGAAAUUGAAGUGUGUAAAUUAGAAAAACUGAGCGCUUUCGCUGAGCAGACAUGAAGACGGUGUUUGCAACAGUCGGUACCACGAGCUUUGACGAGCUGAUUGAGAGCGUCACUUCCUCUGAGGCCGCUCAGGCUUUAAAGGCUCGUGGAUAUGAACGUUUGGUUCUUCAGGUUGGAAGAGGAUCUGUUUUUCCAGCUGCUGCCAGCUGUUCACACAUCACACUGGAGGCUUUUCGAUUCAAAGACUCUAUAGCAGAGGACAUCAAGCAGGCCGAUCUUGUCAUCAGUCACGCAGGGGCAGGAAGCUGUUUGGAGGCUCUCGGUGCAGGCAAACCACUGCUGGUCGUAGUCAAUGACAAACUGAUGGACAACCACCAGCUGGAGCUGGCCAAACAGCUGCACAUGGACUCCCACCUGUUGUACUGUACGUGCAGCACCCUGACAGAAACUCUGAGGACCAUGGACCUCUCAGUGCUGCAGCCCUUCCCGCCUGGACAACCAAAGAACUUCGCAGACUUUCUGGACAGAGCUCUCGGCGUGAAGUGAAGCUCUAUAUCUUUGCUGAGUUGCCUGUUAUGUGUAGGUGCAACAGUGUUUCAUAUUCAUGUCAUGUUGUUUAACUAUAUGAUACACAGGUGACACUAUGAUAUUAUAUUGGUAUGCAUAUGAUUUAUAUUUUUGUAUGCAAUAAUAAUACACAUCUAACAUCCACCCCCUGUUGUGUAUUGUUAAUUAUUUGUAUAGUCUAGAUUUUCCUUUUUUUAAGAAGAUUAAUUUAAAUGCUCUUCUUUUAAAAUAUUCAUUGUAAAUGCUUGGCAUCAAAGAAAAAUUGAGGAAAUCUGGGGGAAAAAAAGCUCUCUGACCUAGUUAAUGUCUUUAUUGUGUUGAUAUGUCCUAUUUAAAUGUCUCUAUGGAGCAUGCAGGUGGAUGCUGGGGUGGUGGAGGGGUUAAAACUGCAGCCUGUGAUGGAGGGUAAUGACAUAUCAGAGGGAGAAAUGGGGAAUCUGCAACUUUAACUGACUGCCAGUUUGUGCGUCAUGUAAGGAUUGAGAGGUGUGUUAGCGUGUGUGUGUGUGACGCAGUCCAGCUUGGGGUUGCCUGCCUGAACAAGCUCGCAGACUACGCUUCAUUUGUAGCCAUUUAUAUGAUUGCUGUUACAUUUCCUGGAACAUCUCAUAUGCCAAAUGUUAUGCAGUAGAUAUGACAAAUGAUUCAAAUUAAAUGAACUGCUUUCACUGGAAAGAAUAACAGAUGUAUUGAGAGCCAAUCAAAACACAUUUGAAAGGUAUGGAGAGCAUUUUUGAACCUUAUAAAUGAUUUAAUGUUAGAGAAAGUCAAACAGAAUGAGUGCUGUAAAUCAUCAUGUUUGGUUUGUUAACAGCUUUUAGAUUUUUCUGUAAAUAUUCAUUUGCUAUACUUGAAUUUUUCUUUAUAUUUCUGUUGUCUUUUUUUUUGUUUGGUCAACAUCUGUUAAACACUGAGUGAAAAUAUUGUUGACGAUAGCGCUCUUAAUCAUUUAUGACAGAUCUUAAUUCAUACAAAUUUCAUAUAGAAGGAAGCCUAUCUGUUUUAUUGUGGUGUUUAUUAGUGUUUCUUGAUAUGCAUGUGGCAUGUAUGAUUUAUUUAAAGUCCGCUGUGCCUUUGUGAAUGCAUGUGUCAUAGCCUGGAGAGCUCUUUUCUCAAGAGGACAGACGUCUUGACUGAGGCCAAACUCUGGCUGUAGGCCUGUGAUUGUGCAUUUUUCCACCUCAUUUGUUUCUGUGUACACUCCCCUCCCACGACUGUGACUCUGCAAAAGCUUUAGGACACUAAAAAUACACAGACAAAAGAAUUCAAAUCAUAAAAAUCUGAAUAACAUCCACUGUGCAUGGAUUUCUGAAUGUGAGCACCACUUCUUUAAAACAAAAGGUCAGGCCACCCCAAUCCUCUGAGUCCAAAUUGUCAAGAAAAGAUCGCAGGGUCACAGUGUCAGUAUGUUGACCAUAGUUCCUCCUUUGCAGUGUUCGCCAAGAACUAUUUGUGCAUUUCUGCAAAAGAGUAGGGGAGAAGUGGUAUUUUAAAAUAUCUUAAGUUGGAUA